AGCGUUGGAUGAGCACAUAUCCGAAAGGAGUCGUCCGAAGCCGUAGAAGAAAACAAUGCAAAGCAGAAGUGAGUGCCAAUGGCCAGGGAGUUAUUCGUCACCCCCUCUUGUUGGCGCGUGAACUUCAAUUACUACUUCCCUCGCCCUCGAUUCUCUCCUCUUAUUUCACCUUCUCGCCACCCUCUUUGUGCACCCUCUUCAAUCUCAAGUAUAUUUUCGGCCUCUUUGGCCAUGGAUGAUUCUAAAGCUGGCUCAAUAAAGGAAAUGCCCCUGGGAUUAGAUACAACAAUGGAGGAAGAAUAUGCUUCACAGUCUAAGUUACUUCAAGAGUUCACUAGUAUCUCCAAUAUUGACAAGGCUUGGAUUUUCAAGUCUGAUGAUGGCACAGGUUCUCAGGCAAUGUUUUCACUCAGCCAAGCAAACAUUUUGGCAAACAAGAGGAGGAAAUUUAUUGUUUCCUCUUAUAUAUCUAAUGAAAGUAAAAGUUCUGUAAACUUUAGAUGGACCCCAUUUCCCAUUGAGAUGGCGGGAGCAUCUACAAUUGUUCCAUCACCAUCUGGCUCAAAGCUUCUUGUAAUUCGCAAUCCUGAAAAUGAGUCUCCUUCUACAUUUGAAAUUUGGGAUCCAUCUCAAUUGGAAAAGGAGUUCCAUAUUCCCCAAUCAAUUCAUGGCUCAGUAUACACUGAUGGAUGGUUUGAGGGGGUUUCUUGGAAUUUUGAUGAAACGCUUAUUGCUUAUGUUGCCGAGGAACCGUCACCCUCCAAGCCCACAUUUAAUGACCUUGGAUACAAGAAAGGUGGUUCCACCGAGAAGGACUGCAGUAGCUGGAAAGGUCAGGGAGAAUGGGAGGAGGACUGGGGAGAAACCUAUGCAGGAAAAAGGCAGCCUGCACUUUUUGUCAUCAAUACUAAUAGUGGAGAGGUACAGGCUGUUAAAGGAAUUGAGAAGUCCUUGAGUGUUGGCCAAGUUGUGUGGGCUCCAUCGACUAAAGGCGCGCAUCAAUAUUUGGUUUUCGUUGGGUGGUCAUAUGAUACAAGAAAGCUUGGUAUAAAGUACUGCUAUAAUAGGCCCUGUGCAUUAUAUGCAGUUAGGGCACCACUUUAUGAAUCAGAAACCAAGGGACUUGAACUCAAAGAUAGCUCUACUGAAGACGUGCCAGUGUUUAAUCUUACUCAACAGAUAACCAGUGCGUUCUUUCCACGAUUCAGCCCAGAUGGAAAGUUUCUAGUGUUUUUAAGUGCAAGAAGUUCUGUGGAUUCUGGGGCACAUUCCGCGACAGAUUCACUUCACAGAAUUGAUUGGCCAACUGAUGUAAAGCUGUGGCCAUCUGCUAAAAUUGUUGAUGUGAUUCCUGUUGUGAUGUGUGCUGAGGAUGGUUGCUUGCCGGGACUUUACUGUUCGAGCUUCCUUAGCAAACCAUGGCUUUCGGAUGGUUGCACUAUGAUUAUACCUUCCAUUUGGGGCAGCAGCCAAGUGAUACUUUCUGUGAAUGUGUUGAGUGGGGAGGUAUCACGUAUCAGCCCUGCUGACUCGAAUUUUUCGUGGAAUGUUCUUACAUUGGAUGGUGACAAUAUUGUUGCUGUGUCUAGCAGUCCAGUAGAUGUUCCUCAAAUCAAGUAUGGCUAUAUUGUUGAGGAAGCUACUAAAGCUGCUGCAUGGAGUUGGUUAGACGUAUCAAGCCCCAUUUUAAAAUGCUCUGAGAAGGUUAUAUCUUUGCUCUCUUCUCUUCAGUUCAGUGUAAUGAAGAUACCAGUCAAGGAUGUUUCUGAUAGCCUGACUAAAGGUGCUAGCAAGCCUUUUGAAGCUAUCUUUGUAUCUUCCCACUGUAAGGAAAGUGAUGCAUGUAAUCCGUUAAUUGUAGUCCUUCAUGGAGGCCCACAUUCUGUGUCGAUAUCAAGCUUUUCAAAGUCCUUGGCAUUUCUUUCUUCGAUUGGAUACAACUUAUUGAUCGUAAACUAUAGAGGUUCACUUGGAUUUGGUGAAGAAGCACUGCAAUCUCUUCCGGGAAAAGUUGGGUCUCAGGAUGUCAGUGAUGUACUGACAGCUAUAGAUCAUGUCAUUGACAAGGGGCUGGCCAGUCCAUCAAAAAUUGCAGUGCUUGGUGGUUCCCAUGGUGGCUUUCUGACAACCCACUUGAUUGGCCAGGCACCGGAUAAGUUUGUUGCUGCAGCUGUGAGGAAUCCUGUUUGUAACUUAGCAUUGAUGGUUGGUACUACAGAUAUCCCAGAUUGGUGCUACGUGGAGGUCUGUGGAAGCAAGGGGAAAGAUAACUUUACGGAAGCACCUCCAGCUGAACUUCUGACUCUUUUUUAUAGCAAGUCUCCUAUUUCACACCUCUCAAAGGUCAAAACACCAACAAUUUUUCUUUUAGGUGCCCAGGAUCUCCGUGUUCCAGUUUCUAAUGGAUUGCAAUAUGCCCGGGCACUCAGAGAGAAAGGUGUCGAGGUUAAAGUUAUUGUGUUUCCCAAUGAUGUUCAUGCAAUUGAAAGGCCACAAUCCGACUUCGAAAGCUUUCUUAAUAUCGGGGUUUGGUUCAGGAAGUACUGUAAAUAAGCAGGUGUUAGCCUGGCUGUGUUGUGCCCAUGGGUUUGGGUUUUAUGUCCAAAUGUAUUGAAUGUCGUAGUGACUUUGAAAGAGUGUCGAAUCAAACUAAUAAUAAAAGCAUAAAACCCUUCACCUUCAUCUUAGAGGUGAACUUAUAAGUUUAUUAUAAUAAACUUUAAUAAAACUUAUGUCAUUGUUUGCU